CGCCCGCCCUUGGCUUCUCCCGGCUCUCGCUCCCCGCCUCGCGCCGCCGCCGCCCCGCCUCCCUCCCUCUGCCGCCCGCCUCCCCUCCAGCGAGGUGACACGGGGCUUCGGCUGGGGAAGGGGGCGAGGGGAGUCGGUCAGGCGUCGGCCCGGCGGCGUCGGCGCGGCCCCCAGCCUGAGCGCGAUUUGAUUAAUCCUCUCCCCCACCCAACCACCUACCACCGAUGAGGAGAAGUUGGAGUGACUUGGUUGAACUGAAUUUUAUUCACCAGAAGACAGUCCCGUUUGUUUCACUUCUUUUCGUUUUCCCUGCUGCUUUGGGCUUUACUGUAACGGCAGAAAAACUUGGAAAAUAAAAUGAACAUGCUGUGGUCUUGAACAUACAUUUUUUUUUUUUUUUUUCCUUGAGGAAAAAAUUAAAGUGCCAGAGUGAAAGCCAGAAUGGCAUCCAGAGAGAGGCUCUUUGAACUUUGGAUGCUUUAUUGUACAAAGAAAGAUCCAGAUUACCUGAAACUCUGGUUGGACAAUUUUGUUUCUAGCUAUGAACAAUUCUUAGAUGUUGACUUUGAAAAGCUGCCUACCAGGGUAGACGAUGUGCCUCCAGGAAUAUCUCUACUUCCUGAUAAUAUUCUGCAGGUUCUAAGGAUCCAGCUGCUACAGUGUGUUCAGAAAAUGGCAGAUGGGUUAGAGGAACAACAACAAGCUUUGUCAAUUUUGCUUGUCAAGUUCUUCAUUAUUCUUUGCAGAAAUCUCUCCAAUGUGGAAGAAAUUGGGACUUGCUCAUAUAUUAAUCAUGUCAUCACUAUGACAACACUCUAUAUUCAGCAAUUAAAAAGCAAAAAAAAAGAAAAGGAAUUGGCAGAUCAGACAUCUAUUGAAGAAUUUGUGAUCCAUGCAUUGGCGUUCUGUGAAAGUUUAUAUGAUCCAUAUCGGAAUUGGAGGCAUAGAAUUUCAGGACGAAUCCUUAGUACUGUGGAAAAGAGCAGACAGAAAUAUAAACCAGCUUCUCUCACAGUGGAGUUCGUCCCUUUCUUUUAUCAGUGUUUUCAGGAAAGUGAACAUCUCAAGGAAAGUCUUAAGUGUUGCUUAUUGCAUCUCUUUGGAGCCAUUGUAGCUGGUGGGCAGAGGAAUGCUUUGCAAGCAAUAUCUCCAGCCACCAUGGAAGUUCUUAUGAGAGUUCUGGCAGAUUGUGAUUCCUGGGAGGAUGGAAAUCCUGAAGAAGUGGGUAGGAAGGUAGAACUUACUCUAAAGUGCCUUACAGAAGUGGUUCAUAUCCUUCUCACUAGCAGCUCUGACCAGCGUCAAGUGGAAACCAGCACUAUUUUGGAGAACUAUUUUAAGUUGCUAAAUUCAGAUCCUUCAGCUUUACCUAAUCAAAGGAGGUCCAGACAGUGGGAAAGCCGGUUCAUAACUCUACAGAUCAAAAUGUUGAAUACCAUCACAGCCAUGUUAGACUGCACCGAUAGGCCUGUUCUUCAGGCCAUUUUCCUUAACAGUAAUUGCUUUGAACAUCUCAUAAGACUGCUACAGAAUUGCAAGCUAUUUUUAAAUGCUAACAAUAAGGUGGCAGACAAGAACGAGAAAGACCUUGCCAACAAAUUACUGACAGAAAUGAAUGAGGACCAGGUGUUUCAGGGACAAUUGGAUUGUUUGGCUAUAUCAACCAUUCAGGCUUUGACAGCAGUAAUGAACAAAUCUCCAGCUGCUAAGGAAGUAUUUAAAGAAAGAAUUGGUUAUACACAUAUGUUUGAGGUUUUAAAAUCCCUGGGUCAGCCACCACUGGAACUACUUAAAGAACUUAUGAAUAUGGCUGUAGAGGGUGACCACACUUCAGUUGGGAUAUUGGGCAUUAGUAAUGUCCAUCCUCUCUUGCUUCUUAUCCAGUGGCUUCCAGAGCUAGAAUCCCAUGAUCUGCAAAUUUUCAUCUCUGAUUGGCUGAAAAGAAUUUGCUGUAUUAAUAGGCAGAGUCGAACUACUUGUGUCAAUGCAAACAUGGGAAUUCACAUCAUCAAAACACUUGAUUCCCAUUCUUCCCUCCAUCGAACUUGUGCUGAGAACUUGAUUGCACUUCAUGGUUCCUUGGGGAGUCAGUCAGUGAGCUCAGAAGAAAUACGUCGACUACUGAGAUUGCUGAGAGUGGAUGAAUCUGAAUAUAUUCAUCCUUACACCACUCCUGUGACUCGAGCAAUUCUGACAAUGGCCCGAAAACAAAGUCUAGAGAGUGCACUACAGUAUUUUAAUUUGUCACAUAGUAUGGCAGGAAUUACUGUGCCUUCCAUACAGAAGUGGCCAGGAUCUGCCUUUUCUUUCAAUGCUUGGUUUUGCUUAGAUCAGGAUCAGUUGACUCUUGGCAUUGCUAACAAAGGAGGAAAAAGAAAACAGUUGUACAGCUUUUUUACAGGAAGUGGCAUGGGUUUUGAAGCUUUUAUUACCCAUUCAGGUAUGUUGGUUGUGGCAGUGUGCACAAAAAGAGAAUAUGCUACAGUUAUGCUUCCUGACCACAGUUUCUGUGAUUCCCUCUGGCACAACAUAACCAUUGUUCAUAUGCCUGGAAAAAGACCCUUUGGUCAGAGCCUUGUCUAUAUCUAUGACAACGGACAGCAGAAGGUCUCUGCCCCUCUCAGAUUUCCUGCCAUGAAUGAACCUUUUAUUUCCUGCUGCAUUGGUUCAGCUGGGCAAAGAACCACGACUCCUCCACCAUCCCAAAUUCCAGAUCCGCCUUUUUCUUCCCCCAUUACUCCUCAUCGGACAUCAUUUGGUGGAAUUUUGUCAUCAGCCUCCUGGGGAGGAUCACUUGAAAAAUCAAAACUGAUUACGAAAUUGAUAUCAGCUGGAACCCAAGAUAGUGAAUGGGGAUGCCCCACAUCUCUGGAGGGUCAGCUAGGGUCUGUUAUCAUCUUCUACGAAGCACUACAGCCUCCUCAAGUGAAGGCAUUAUAUUUAGCAGGUCCAAACUGUUUAAGUCCUUGGAAAUUCCAAGAGUCUGACAUGGCUGACCUGCCUGGUAACAUCCUUCUUCACUACACUGCAAAGGCUUGCAAAAAUUCAAUCUGUCUUGAUUUAUCUACUAAUUGUUUGCAUGGGAGAUUAACAGGAAACAAAGUAGUGAACUGGGACAUCAAGGACAUCAUAAACUGCAUAGGUGGAUUAAAUGUACUCUUUCCUCUGUUGGAACAAAUCAGCCGCUUUGGUGAAGGACAGAUUUCUGAAGGAAUGAAUGAAAGCACAGUUUCUGAAUUGGUAACUCCUGUAGAAGGAGAUUGGGUCGUAUUGACCUCCACAAAGGCAUCAGAGUCAAGAUUAGAAAGAAAUUUAAUUGCAACAUUUAUCUUGAUUGUGAAACACUUUAUUCAAAGACAUCCUAUCAACCAGGACAAUCUCAUUCACUCCCAUGGAGUUGCCACUCUUGGUGCCUUACUUCAGAAGGUGCCAAGCGCCUUGAUGGAUGUUAAUGUACUGAUGGCAAUUCAGUUACUAAUUGAACAGGUAUCAUUAGAAAAAAAUAUGCAGCUUCUGCAGCAAAUGUAUCAGUAUUUACUUUUUGACUUCCGUAUUUGGAACCGUGGAGAUUUUCCCUUUCGAAUUGGUCAUAUACAGUAUCUUUCCACCAUCAUCAAAGACAGCAGGAGAGUUUUCCGAAAGAAGUAUGGUGUGCAAUUUCUCCUAGAUACACUUAGGAUUUAUUAUGGGACUGAUUGUAAAUAUAGUGAGCUGUCUUUAGAUGACGUUCGAACAAUAAGGACUUCUUUGUAUGGACUAAUUAAGUAUUUUCUGUGCAAAGGUGGAACUCAUGAAGAGAUACAGAGUAUUAUGGGUUAUAUAGCUGCUAUCAAUGAAGAAGAACAGCUCUUCGGAAUUUUGGAUAUGCUCUUCAGUCUCCUACGUACCAGCCCAACUAGAGGUCAGCUUUUCUUACUGCUGUUUGAACCAGGAAAUGCUGACAUACUUUAUGCCUUGCUCUUAAAUCAGAAGUACUCUGACAGACUAAGAGAAAUUGUUUUUAAGGUUAUGGAACAAAUGUUGAAAUGCACAAAUGUUUAUGAACGAAGUAAACAACGUAUUCGGCUCCGAGAAGUUGGCUAUUCAGGAUUGGGACUUCUUCUUAAUGAAGCAUCUGUUAAUACCUCUCUCAUUAAAAGCCUCACCAAUCAAAUUAUAAAUACAGAUCCUGCUAUUAAUUUCAAAGAUCUGUUGUCUGUGGUAUAUAUAUCUCAUAGAACACAUAUAAAUGUCAGGGUGGUUGUCUGCAAAAAGAUUUUACAGAUUUUGCAGUCCCAACCAGAUGCAGCACAUCAAAUAUCCCAACAAGUGGGUUGGCAAGACACUUUAGUUAAACUUUUUUUAAAAAUGAAUUUUGAAAAUGGGAAUACUCUUCAUAAGCACAGUAGGGCUGUUUCAAUGAAAGACAAUGAUAAAAAUAUAUCAGCUGAAGAUACCAGGAGGAACUUUGAUGAAAAGACUGAUGAAGAAAAAAUCAACUCUUUUGCCUCAGCUAAUGUGCCUUCAGAUCAAUGGAGUUUAGAGGAUAGACACUCUCUAGACUCAAACACACCAUUAUUUCAAGAAGAUAGUUCUGUGGGAGAAUUAUCUUUCAAAUCAGAGAAUCAAGAAGAAUUCUGGAAUAAUAACCUUUCACAUUUGAGUUUAGAUCUCAGUGGAAUAGAUUCAUGUGAACUGAGUGACAAUGGAAGUCACAUGCCAGACAGCCUGCCUAGCACGCCAUCCCCAAUAGAAUCUACUAAGUCAUUUUCUGUGCAGUCUGACAAAGAGAGCAGCAUCAUAAGUGAUACAGGGUUCGGUGAUGACUUCUCUUUACUUGAAAGCCAAGAGAGAUGUGAGGAGGAGCUUCUUCAAUUACUGACAAAUAUUUUGAACUAUGUAAUGUGUAAGGGACUAGAAAAGUCUGAUGAUGAUACUUGGAUUGAACGGGGACAAGUGUUUUCAGCACUAACUAAACCAGGAAUAUCCAGUGAACUACUUAGACCAUCAGAUGAAAUAAAAUUAAUUUUGCUACAGAAAAUGUUAGAAUGGGCAAUCACAGAAAACAGAGAAUCCAAAACUAAUCCAGUAACUGCUGAUAAUGCCUUACGACUCAUUGUGAUCAUACAGGACUUUCUGCAGUCAGAGGGGCUUGUUAAUUCAAACAUGUGGACUGAGAAGCUUUUAGAGGAUCUGAUGCUGCUCUUUGAUGGUCUGUCAGUUUGCUGUUCUGAAAGUACAAUAUGGAGAGAACUUCCUCAAAUUCAAAUCCAGUUGCUUCUAGGUUUCAUUGGCAGGGGUAAUGUGCAGGUUUGUGCAAUGGCAUCAGCUAAACUAAACACCCUUCUUCAGACCAAAGUGAUUGAAAAUCAGAAUGAAGCAUGUUACAUUUUAGGGAAGCUGGAACAUGUUCUAAGUCAGUCAAUCAAGGAACAGACUGAAAUCUACUCAUUUCUGAUUCCCCUGGUCCGUACCCUGGUUUCCAAAAUUUAUGAGCUUCUCUUCAUGAACUUGCACCUGCCUUCUUUACCUUUUACCAAUGGUAGUUCUUCAUUUUUUGAAGAUUUUCAAGAAUAUUGCAGUUCAAAUGAAUGGCAAGUUUACAUCGAAAAAUAUAUUGUGCCUUACAUGAAGCAGUAUGAAACCCAUACAUUUUAUAAUAAUCAUGAGAGCAUGGCACUUUAUUGGAAGAAUUGUUAUGAAGCCUUAAUGGUGAAUAUGCAUAAACGAGACCGGGAAGGAGGAGAAAGCAAGCUUAAGUUUCAGGAGUUUUUUGUGGAGCCAUUUAAUCGAAAAGCACGCCAAGAGAACAUGAGGUAUAAUAAUACGCUUAAACAACUUAGCAGUCAACAGUUAAUCACUCUGAGACGCUGGAAGGCAGUACAGCUCUAUCUUACAUCUGAAAGGGGACCUUGGGCUGAAAGGAAACAAAAUCCAAUUCACUGGAAACUAGCUAAUGUAGAAAAUUAUUCCCGCAUGAGACUUAAAUUGGUGCCAAAUCAUAACUUCAAAACUCAUGAAGACGCUAGUGCUUUGAGAGAUAAUCUAGGUGUCCAACACUCACAGCCUUCCAGUGAUUCUUUGCUUUUGGAAGUAGUGAAACAAGUAAAAGUUAGCAAUAUGGAGGAAGAUAAAUUAGACCUUCCUGAAGAAGACGUAACAGCCAGAGUAAAUACUGAUGAGAAAGAAGAACAGGAUCAAAAAGAAAAAUUGGUGUUAUCGGAAGACUGUGAACUCAUUACAAUAAUUGACGUAAUUCCUGGCAGAUUAGAAAUCACUACUCAACACAUUUACUUCUAUGAUUGCAGCAUUGAAAAAGAAGAUGGAGUAGGCUUUGAUUUCAAGUGGCCUCAUUCUCAGGUUCGAGAGAUUCACCUGCGGCGUUACAAUUUAAGGAGGUCAGCUCUUGAGAUUUUUCAUGUUGACCAAUCCAACUACUUUCUCAAUUUCAAGAAAGAGAUUAGAAACAAAGUAUACAGCAGACUGUUGUCACUUCAUUCUCCAAAUAGUUAUGGAACCAGAUCUCCACAGGAAUUAUUCAAAGCAUCAGGAUUGACACAGAAAUGGGUAAACAGAGAGAUAUCAAAUUUUGACUACCUCAUUCAAAUAAAUACAAUGGCAGGACGAACCUAUAAUGACCUUGCGCAGUAUCCUGUGUUUCCUUGGAUUUUACAAGAUUAUACUUCAGAAGAGUUGGACCUUAAUAAUCCAUCUGUAUUUCGAGAUCUUUCCAAACCAAUUGGGGUAGUUAAUGAUAAAAAUGCCAAAGCCAUGCGAGAAAAAUAUGAAAAUUUUGAGGAUCCCAUGGGAACUAUUGAUAAAUUUCAUUAUGGUACUCACUAUUCAAAUUCUGCUGGAGUUAUGCACUAUCUUAUUCGUACAGAACCAUUCACCACCCUCCAUAUCCAGCUUCAGAGUGGAAGGUUUGACUGUGCAGAUCGACAGUUCCAUUCCAUUCCUGCCACCUGGCAGGCACUCAUGGACAACCCAUAUGAUGUGAAGGAACUGAUUCCUGAAUUCUUCUAUUUCCCAGAGUUUUUGGAAAAUCAAAAUCAAUUUAACUUGGGUUGUCUCCAAGUUUCCAAAGAAGUGGUAAAUGAUGUCAUUCUCCCCAAAUGGGCUAAAUCAGCUGAAGAUUUCAUCUAUAAACAUAGGAAAGCUCUGGAGUCUGAGUAUGUUUCUGCUCAUCUUCAUGAAUGGAUAGAUCUGAUUUUUGGCUACAAACAGAGGGGGCCAGCUGCAGUGGAAGCACUCAAUGUUUUCUAUUACUGUAGUUAUGAAGGAGCUGUGGAUCUGGAUGCCUUAACAGAUGAGAAAGAAAGAAAAGCUUUAGAGGGGAUGAUUAAUAAUUUUGGGCAAACACCUUGUCAGCUGCUAAAGGAACCACAUCCUCCUAGAUUGUCAGCAGAAGAAGCAGUGCAAAGGCAGACCAAAACGGACACUUCAACCUUAAACCUAUUUCAACACCUCUCUGAACUCAAGUCAUUUUUUAUAGAGGGAAUUAGUGAUGGUGUUCCACUGAUAAAGGCCAUUGUCCCUAAAAAUCAGUCUCGUUCUUUUAUGUCUCAAGGCAGUCCUGAGUUACUGGUAACAGUAAGCAUGAAUUAUGUUCUUGGAACCCAUGGAUGGCUGCCUUAUGACAGAAACAUUUCUAAUUACUUUACAUUCAUCAAAGAUCAAACUGUAACAAAUCCAAAAACUCAGCGUAGUAUGAAUGGUCCUUUUGCUCCAGGGCUGGAGAUCACUUCUAAGCUAUUCAUAGUAUCACAUGAUGCGAAGUUGCUUUUCAGUGCUGGACACUGGGAUAAUAGCAUUCAAGUGAUGUCACUUACAAAAGGCAAAGUUAUUUCACACAAUAUCAGACACAUGGAUAUUGUGACUUGUUUAGCUACAGAUUACUGUGGAAUACAUUUGAUUUCUGGUUCCAGAGACACUACGUGUAUGAUAUGGCAAAUAACACAACAGGGAGGUGUUCCUGUGGGCUUAGCAUCUAAACCCUUUCAUAUUCUGUAUGGACACACUGAUGAGGUAUUGAGUGUCGGCAUCAGCACUGAACUAGACAUGGCAGUGUCAGGAUCAAGGGAUGGCACUGUGAUUAUACAUACAAUUCAGAAAGGUCAAUACAUGAGGACUUUACGGCCACCUUGUGAGAGUUCUCUGCUCCUAACUGUUCCUAAUUUGGCUAUAUCUUGGGAAGGACAUAUUGUCAUCUAUUCCUGCACUGAAGAAAAGACCAGUCUCAAGGAUAAGAAUGCAUUACAUCUGUUUUCUGUAAAUGGCAAAUAUCUAGGGUCUCAAGUCCUGACAGAACAAGUAUCAGAUAUAUGUAUCACUGGAGAACAUAUUAUCACGGGCAGCUUACAAGGCUUCCUGUCCAUAAGGGAUCUCCACAGUUUGAAUCUCAGCAUGAACCCAUUAGCCAUGCGAAUGCCUAUCCACUGUGUUUGUGUAACCAAAGAAUACAGCCAUAUUCUUGUAGGAUUAGAAGAUGGCAAAUUGAUUGUAGUGGGUGUUGGCAAGCCAGCCGAGAUGCGUUCAGGUCAGCUUUCUCGAAAAUUGUGGGGAUCUAGCAAGCGACUCAGCCAGAUUUCAGCUGGAGAAACUGAAUAUAAUACUCAAGAUUCCAAGUGAUUACUAUUUCCAUCUUCUCUCAUGUAUAAAUGAAACUUGAUUUACUGCUUUGUCACUUUAGCCACAUCUCUCAACUAUCUGAAAUGUAUUAGGGCUUUUAACACUGAAAAUCAUUUAGGGACUACCAAAAUUCAGUAUGCUAUGUAUGUAUAACAUAGGUGUAUUAUUAGCCACUUUAAAAGUUCCUGAUUAACAUUGAGUCCAGUCUUAUUGACUAAUUCUUGACCUACACUAAAGUGGAUUUGAGAAAAUACGAUUUAAUUAGAUUUGUGGCUCAUUCCUAAAGAUCACUGGAUCCAUUGGGGAAAAAAAAAACUUCCAAAAAUGAAGAAGCUGGAUACAGUUCCCUUAUUAUUCUAAACAGCAAAAUUUAAGUUAUUUCUAAUUAGAGUACAGAUGACAGGACAGUUGAGAGACAUGGCUUUUAAUGUACUCUUUAGUUAAUCAUUUUCCUAUUUACUGACCACCAUAUUUAAAAAUAUAUCAGUUUAUUUAUGGAACUCUUGAUUGGGGUAAUAUUUUAAGGGCAUCUGUUGCACACUUGCAUUUUCAAAACUCAAUGUAAAUUCUAGAUUUUCAUGAUAAGCUGAAGAUAAGUUGAAACCGGUACAUUGGGUCAUUCCACUACUACUUAGAAUAUUACUAAUGAGAACUUACUGAAAUAUAUUAUUAUGCUUAAUUAAUAAAGAUAAGUAGGAAAUAAGAGAAACUAGAGAUAUAGCUUACAGAUGUACGUCAUUAGUAUAAGGAAAAAAUGCUGAUUAUGAUUUUGACGGUUAGAUCCUUUAAGUAGCAUUUGCAGCACAAUUUAUAUCUGCAAAAUUCAAAAUUUCUUGGUGUAUUCUUUACUAAGCAGAUGCUAUGUCUUUCCCCAUAAUUAGAAGUGGUAGCAGUGAUACCGAAAUACAUUAACAUUUUUAUCUAGAACUUCCAUGUGAUUGAUAAAUGAAUUGAAAAGAUAUGCAUCACUUAAACUAGUCAUUUAUAGUAAUUUUUAAAAAAACACAUUUCUGUUUCAUGUUAUGUAUAACUUUUAAGAAUAUAAUUUUAUUUUACAUAGUUAUGUAUUACAUUAUACUUAAUGUUCAAUAUGUUAAAGUUACAGGCUGAUUUAUUUUGGAAUUUAAAGAGAUUGUUAAACCUAGUGGUUUUUUAUAAGGUCAUCUUUUGAGGUAGGUCAGAGAGCUUUUACUACUACAAGUGUCCUUAAUCUGAGACUCCUUGAGUUUGGGGAAUUUAUGAAUCCCCUGAAAUUGUGUGGAAAUUCUUUGUGUUAACUGCAUUUUUUUCAGGAGUGAGUAUGUAGCUUUCAUAAUGGAGUCUGUGAUCAGAAGGGGAAAAUAAAAAACUUCUUACAAUAGUAGUUUCUUAUAAAAUAAUAAUAUUCCUUUUUAUUCCACAAAUCCUAGAUUUCCUUAUAUCCAGUUGUCUUCUCAAUGGCAUCUUUGAGAAACUUUCCCUCUGCAGUUCUCUUUGGUUGUCUACAGUAUCUAGUACCAUUUUCUUUAUAAUCUUAUGAGUGGGUAAAAAAAUUUUGAGAAGUAAAAGAUUCUGUUUAGGGAAGGGAAGCUUUUUGAAUAGAUGUGGUCUGAUUGAGUCAGGACUAAUAAAAACUUAUAGAAGAAUUUUCUUUCCAGUUAUUUAAAAUCCCCUAUUUUAUUCAGUAAAAACAAACAGACAAAACCAAAAAAAACCCGGUUAUGUUUUAGGUAAAUAACCCUGAAAUAAACUGGUGCUGCAGGUGUAAAAUAGAGCAUAUGUAAAUGUGAAGGUUUCCUUUUUAAGGACUUCAUGAAUUUGUGUGAUGAAAAUAUCUCAAAAACAAGGCAAUAGAGAUAAUUACAAUUUAUUGAGAUUUGUUGCUUCUAUUUAUUUCAUUCUAUUUCUAUUUUUUAUACUACAUUUCUUAGGUUUCAAGCCAGCAGAACCAACAUGAUUGACUUUUAUGGUAUUUUAAAUGUUGAUCUUUAAAAAAAAAAAAAAAACUUUUGUGAAUCAAAAUUUUGGAAAUUUUUCUUUUGCUUACUUAUCCAGAGAUUUUGGUAUAAGGAUGCCAUCUUUAUUUUUAAGAUUACUUAUUUUGUAAGUCUUUUCGAUGAUGCCUACAAAUUACAAAGAAUUUUAAUUUGUCAGGGAAGAAUUCCGUUUUACUUUGCUGCUUUUUAGAUGGAAGAACCAAACAAGCAGUAUUCAUCUUAUAGUACAAAUAGGAGACCCUUUGUUUACAGUAAACUGAACAUCCUACCUAGACUAACAGAUGUUCAGAGCUGUGGAAUUCUUCCUUAUAUUACUUUUUCUAAAAAGUAAAAACCAAAAAUAAAAUUUUGAUGAAAAUCUGAGGAAUACUAGCAGCAGUCUAAAGGAAUGGAACGUGAGUUUAUCUAUUAAAGUAAGCAAAUAUAGUAGGACCAUUAGCUGAAUAAUAUAAACCUCUUUUAAACAGCAUAGCCCACUGAAUUAAAAUUGACUAGAUAAAAUCACUGGAAAGAUACAGGGGGAUUCUGGUGUAUUAGAUGUUAUCUGUUUAAGAUGUUUCUAUUUAUAUGAUGGGAGAAAUGAACAACAGUAUGAUUAGAAUAGAAUAAUAGGUGAUUUCAGUUGAUCAACAGAAUAUCUCAACUUGGCUGCUAUGAAGUUUGUUGUCUAAAGAAAUUUUUAUCUACUUUUGUUUCUUAACAUUGGUAAUGAUGGAAAUAAAAAUCUCAGCAUCCUGGUGAUGGGAAGAGAUUUAUACUAGGAUAAUUUUGCUUUUAGAAAGUGAGGUCUCAAAUAUUAAAACAUAGAGUAGCUAUAUGUUCAUUUAGAGAAUAAAGAACCAAUCUUUCAACUCUUCAUUCAGUAUUCUGUCAUUAGAUAAAAUUGAAGGAGAGAAUUAAAAAUAGAUCAGGGAAUGGAAAUUAGAAAAGUACAUGAAAAUAUAAAGCCUAUCCAGUUGGCUUAAAAUCUUUUAAGCCUGUGAAGCUUGUGUUAGCUAUUAAUAAGUUUCUAUCUACUAAUUUCUGUUAGAUCACAGUGCUUUUUUUAGGUCACAUCCUUUUAUAGGAGAGGAAAUGCCACAUAUUCAUGUCAUUAGCUAGGAACAUCAGUGAGACUUCCCUUUUUUCUCUGUGUAAGGUAUAUAACAAUUACCUUAAAGAACUGUUAUUGAAAAUCUAUUUUAUGCGUCUGAAGGAGUAAGUGUACCCUCAUAAUUAAUUAGAAUUUAGAUUUGAAAGUUGAGUCUUAACCUAAGAGUUUUUAUAUUUUACUUGAAUAAGAGUAGGCAGAGAAAUUUUAACUUGAAUACCAGAUUUUUAUUUAAUGAUAAUAGAUACAUGGCUUUGCCUUUAAAUAUAUUUUUAUUGUUGUUACUAAAGAAUUCACUUAUGGAAAUCUUUUAGUUAAGUUUAAAGAAGGUAACUCCUUUUAUAUAUUUACAUUUACAAAAUGAGUAGCAUUUCUUUAUCACCUUUCCAAAGAAAAGAUACAAGUGCAUGAACUAUAUUAAAUAUAAAUGUUAAAUAAUAUAUAACAUGUACUGUCAUAGGGUGUGUGAAUGAAGGUUGUCUGUUUAUGUCAAUACAAUUGUCUUACAUAACUAUCUGUAAGAUAUAAUUUUUGACUGAUUUAUAAAAAAUGAAAGUCUUUUUUUCUUUUCAAAUCUAAUCUGUUGGUUUCCCCAUCAUCCAGACUUGUCCUAAUUACUGUCCUUUCAUCAGCUGACUCCGUUCUUUCCCAGUAUGUGGCCAGUCUUAAAUAUUUUUAUCACUCUCAGAAAUAUCUGUUCUCAAUAUUCUUUUUGCCUGACUCAUUUAUCAUAUAUACCCAUUGUUUGCUUUGCUUUAAAUUUGACCCCAUCUGGAAAAUUGUUCUGAAGAGCUUUCCUAUAUCAGAAUCCUGGUGCUUUUUCCAAUGCCAUUUAUUCCAACAACAAUAUAGUAUUAUCAGUCAUCAUUUCAAUAUUAAAAUGUUGUCCGUAGCUUAUAUAAUUUGAAUCUACCAUUUCCUAAGCCAGUGUUUCUUGAGAUUGCAGAUCAGACUUAUCCAUGAUAUUCUAUAAAUAUACAGAAGUCUAGGCACUACUCUGAAUCUCUUAACUUGGUAUAAAAAAUGUCUCAGUAUUCUUAUAUUGUCUUAAAAUAUUUUCCACUAUAGAAAUAUCCAUUCAUUUUUAUAAAUCAGAUUGCUUAUUCACAGGCGUAUGUGAAAAUAGAUUUAAUAAUUAACCUUGGAGACAUUUUUCUAAAAUUUGCUUGGGAUGGCUUUCUUAUCUUUGUUUAGCUUGCCACUAAAAUAGCCAAAUUGCCUUUUCAGUUGAAUUAUUCUUAUAACUUUCUUCAGACCUUUCACAUUUGAAUAUUAUAACUAACAUUUGCUUCCAAAAAAAGUAUCUGUUUCCUUUAAUAGUUCCUAGUGACUGUCAAUGAAUGUUUUGCAUAUUUGAAUUAGGUAACAUUUUAAAGUAUUAAUAAAAAGCAUGAGUUAUAAAAUGUUAGGUCUAAAAAUAGAAUUAGAUCUCCCCUAGCCUUGAAGGUAGUAAUCAAUAGAAUCUUUCUAAUAAAAAGCAUUGGAUAUAUCCCUAUCCGUACUUCUGAUGACUUCUCAGUAUGGAAAUAAUCUUUAAUUUUUUCAUAUAAAGUCUUAGUAUUACAGAAAACAAAGCAUUAACAUUUAAGAUAUUCAGGCCUAUGUUGGAAAUGAUUCAGUUUUCUAUAUUAAAAAUACAAAGCUAUCCUAGAUAUAGGAGUUAUGGAGUGAUUUUCUUUAGUAUAAGAAUCCUCUAAAACUGGCUAUUUUAUCAUAUACUUUUUGGCUAGAUGGCAUCAGACAUAGCUUAGACAAUCUCACUAACAUUCAUCACAUGUGGGUGAUUUCUUUCUUUUUUUUUUUUUUUUUUCACAUGUGGGUGAUUUCUAAACACAUUACAGGAUUUGGACCUAUGAAGCUAAUGGCUAUAGUGAAAAAUAAAAGGACAGAUACAACUUUUUACUUUUGUCUUAAUGCCUGUAUUUAUAUGAACUGAAAAUUCAAGGGGAAAGAACUAGAAAGUCACUAACCUAAUAUUUGUUUUCUGUGGUAUAGUUUUAAUGUUUCCUUGGAAGCUUAUUUUGCAAAUAUUACCGUAAUAACAUUAACAACAGCACAGUUCUGUCAGUGAAAAAAUUACCCACUCAUUUUUCAAUGUUGAAUGUCAGUGGAACUUUGGGUGUGUUUGUGUGUGUUUUUCCACUACUAUGAUGCCUGUCUCAUUAUUUAAAAUUUAUAACUAUUUUUGAAUGCACACAAUGAUCAGCUAUUUGUAAUAUUAUUAUACUGUAGCAUUGUAAUUUAAAAAAUAAGUUAGGACUUAGGAUCAAAAAAUAAAAUGAGUAUUUUAUAGAUUAAAAUAGAAACUUUUAAAAAAGUCUUACUCCAAUUGGACCUUAUAAAAUUUUAUUUUGGUAAUAAUAUAUUUCAACUUAAUAGGUAUUAAAACCAGAGGUUCUCUGGUAGCCAGGGUACUAACUAGUUAAUGUUAAAAUGCUAUUUUUGAUGUUCCUUCCCUUGGAAACAUUUCCCACACUAUCCAAGCAAUGUGUUUUAAGAUUUAGUGGGCUCAACCUAUACAUUCAAAAAAUGCCUGUGUUGCAUUUUGAAGGAAAAAUCUUACCUGUAAUUGGCAUAUUUUGCUCCUCAGAAUGUUAAAAUUAUAUUAAUCAAUAAACACUUUAGAAGUGGUUCUGGUAAGGAGAUAUAAGUUAUCAGACCUAACUGAAAAAAUUCAACCUUUAAUUUCUUAUAUAGGAAUUAAAGAAAAUAACUUUUUUUUCCUUUGAGAUUUUGAUUACUUUUUAAAGUAUUUAUAAUAGUUUUACCUUCAUCCAAAAUUAUGACUUAUUACAUAUUUGUGGAUACUGUUUAUUUUAUAAUUUGCUUUACAUAAGAAAAACUGUUAGAAAACUGUAUGACUGGUAUGUUCUCUUCAGAAACUCCUAAGGAGUAUGGCUUUUCUUCCCCCACUUGUUUGCUUUUAUAUACUUGGAGCAAAAAAUUUAGCAAAAAAUAAUCAGAGAUCUAGCUAGACAUUUUCUUUCAAAUGCAUUGCUGUAGAAGUGAAUCCAUUAAGACAGAAAAAUAUCAAACACAUAGGAGUUGUCUCAUGCCCAUUUUUCUGGGAUUCAGAUUAAAUAGGAACAUUUCAGUGUUAUGGAGGUUGACAAUGACUUGAAUGCAUGAAAAUGCACAAAGAGAAGGAUGGCUGAAAAUUUGGAAUUGUUUAAAAAAAUACUUGCAAAUUGUGCUGCUACUUAAAUAUUUAAGGAAUUCAAAAAGUUGUAUAGUUAUCAUAAAAUGUUCCUUCUCAUUUAUUCUACUGGAAUUGACCAUGAAAAAGAAUAUUAAGCCUUAUUUAUAUCUAAUUAUUGACUGUGCAAACUGUGACUCAAUGAAUAUUUGUAUGCCAAAAAAUGGUCUUAAAGUUGAGAAAAUUUUAGAUUUAACAAAGAUGUGUAAAUAAUUUUGAUUAGUCUUCUCGUUAUGAUGAAGUUACUGUUAAUUUGGUGCAAUACACUCUUCUUCAUCCUUUUAAGAUUAAAUGUGUAAGAUGUACGUUUUGUUUUGUUACAUUGAGUGUUUAAAAAUUUUUCAGUGUGUGUAUAUGAGCAAAUAUUUGAUUUCUGUAUAGCAUGAUUGAAGAUAAUUGAGAAUUUUGCACUUUUUUUAGUCCUUUGGAAAUUUGUAUUCUAACAGUUUUUAAGAAUGUACAUUUAUUUUGUACAUAAUACAUUAGCUUUGUAUAUGAAAAUGGGUUUAAAUCAAAUAAAAAAUGAUGUUACAUUCUUCAGUUGAUUUGUAAUUCUCACUUCACAGUCUGAUUAAAACACAGCCUUGGCUAAGUUAUUGGAGUAAACAAGGGAUUAAAUACAAGUUUUGUUAAGCAGCAAAUUGAUCACUGCUUUGUAUGAGAAUUUCUUCUGCAGUCUUAAUGUGUACAAGAUAAAUGUCAUGUUAAUUAACCAGUUUUUGUCAUAUAUAACAACAGAUAUUAAGCCUUUGGUUUUAAAACUACCUCAGGACUAUGGUUACAUUCCCCCCUCAAGAAAAUGAUUAUAAACCAGAGAUAUCCGUAUGUAGUUCAUCAAAUAAUACAUUAAGCUGUUUUUUUUUAACUUUUCUUUCGUUUCACAUAAUUAAAAGCUUUUAUUCAUCAACUUUUGACAGUCUAAAUGUUGAUCUAAUCCUCCUGUCUUAAGGUUAAUAAAACCUAAUCCAUAAUAAAACAAUCCAAGCUCUGUUCCAGAUUCUUUCUAGUACUUUUGUCUCUAGAUCCAGAGUAACAACACGUCAGAAAUGAACAUUAACCUUUUUCCAGCCUAAUACCAUCUAUGAAUGAUACUACACUUUUAUUGAAGACAAUGUACACUUUUAUUGAAGACAAUGGUAGAAUUGGAAAUUUCCUUCAUUAAUCUCAUCUGGUGAGAUCUCUCAGUCACAGGACAAAGCCAGGUCGGUUAAAGGCUUAAUUAAGACUUCCUUGCUUUUGUGAAAUAAAUCCAUAAUACCAUACCAAGAAUCAAAUAAAAUAUAUUUUAAACGGUUA